AUGGAUUUCAUUCUGGUUACCCGUUCUAAUAAAAAAAAAAAAGGAAACUCAAAAAAAGGAAAAAAGGGAGCAAGAACUAAUAUUGACGUUGAUAAAGACUUAUGGUCUCAGGAAGCACUAGACAAGAAAUUGGCAAAAAAUGAAGAAAGGUUUCAGGUGGGAGCGUACAUUGAGAAAAUAAAAUCUUUGCUUGAGCCAUUCACAUAUCGCUAUGAGCAUUGCUUGAUCCUAGGCUUGGGACGAGUUCAUACCUUAACCGCUUCUUUACAACUACAACUAUUCUUCGAGCUUCAAAGUAUUUUUCAUAUUCCUUCUCAGAACUGUACCUUUUAUGAUCCAGCAUUCUUAGAAGAUGAUGUCCAAUUUUUACGAAACAAAGGUUUCACUUUACUAAAAGAAUCUCCCAAACCAGAAGAAUACCUUGAAAACACUUUGCUGUUUAUGCCCCAUUGCCCUACUUCUCUGUACGAACAAUGGCUUAAUGCUUACUCAAAAUCCGAAAAACAAUUCUCUAUGUGUGGUAAUAAUCUCAAACUGUAUGUGGACAAUUUACCAUCCAAAGAAAUUAAAUCAAAGUACCCAAAUAUCUAUAGAGUAUGCCAGCAAAAACUAUAUACCCAAAUUUUAUUUCCUGAAUUUUCCGAGGCAUUUGCCUUUAAUGAUUUCGCUUUCCAUUUUCCUUGUCCCUAUCGGUCGAGUCCAAAGACGACUUCGCCUGAGAAGACACCGUCGACUGUUGCUGAUGUUUCAAACGUUGCUGAGCACCCCAGUUGA